AUGUCUGUGGACGGGACAGCGACCGGCAGCAACUUCGUUCAAGGUACCAUUACCAAGAACGGUGUUAGAGUUACCAAAGAGAGGCAGGCCAAGGAGACUAUUCAAGCUCAACUCCCAGCCGGUACUACAUGCACUGGCGGUUCCACAGGCAACAAAUGCAUCACGCAAUUCUUGAACGCCGCAAGUCAGAAAUUUGGUAAUUGUGUCGUGGCGGUGCCAAUGCGAACGCAAACGCAAAUGCCAACGCAAACGCAAACGCAAACGCAAACGCAAACGCAAACGCAAACGCAAAUGCCAACACAAACGCUUCUGCAGGCGGUGCCGCCGCAAACAGCAACGCCUAGGCCAACGGCUAGAGUCGCUACCGUCAAUACCAACAACCGGAACAAGUCGGCGACAAAUCGUAUGGGCACCGCACAGCGAACGAAGACGAACACCAACAAUAGGACGGCCAAUAACAAGAAUCGCGUCGCCAAAACCAGGGUUCAGGCCAAUGCCAAUGCCAACGCCAACGCGAGUGCUCAGGCGAAACUUGCCAAAGCUGGGGCCAACGCUCAGGCCAAAGCAAGCGCUAACGCCAACGCCAACGCCCAGGCCCAGGCCAAUGCCCGCGCCAAAUCCACCGCCCAAGCCAACGCCAACGCUCGUGCUAAGUCUACUGCUCAGGCCAAUGCCAAUGCCCGCGCCAAAUCCGCCGCUCAGUCCAACGCUAAUGCCAAUGUUCGCGCCAAAGCUUCUGCUCAAGCAAGCGCCAACGCCCGGGCCUCCGCCAAUGCUGCCGCCAACUCAAGAGCUCGCGCCGGUGCUUCUGCUCAAGCCAGUGCUAAAUCGUCUGCCUCAGCCAAUGCUGGUGGCCGCAACCGCAACACGAACUUCGUUUCCGCUUUGUCUUCAGCCGUCUCUGCAGGUGGCCGCACAACGCUGAGGACUGCCGUUAAUAACAAUGGCAACCGUGUCGCGGCAGUCAAGAGCUUCGGUCGCGCCCGACGAUCCUAUGUACGUGGCGCAGGACGAGAUAUCUAUAGUUGUCCUGUGCAACCCCGGGCCCGCCUUGAAUUGACCGUCGUGCGCGUGCGUGCGCGCGAGGGAGAUACGCCCGCGUCCCUGCAUUUCAGCAUCAUAGCGGCAUCGCCAACGAGUGGACGCUGUGGCAAAGGGGCCGUGACCAUGCUUCCACGAACAGCAACGGCUACGAGUACGACUAGCCUACAUUGCUGUCAGUAUAUGGCGAGCACGACGACGACGACGACAACGACGACAACGACGACGACGACUGUGAUCACUCACAGUUGCUAUGGCCCUCAAGUUGCGGGGGUUAUCCUCGACGUUCCCGUUCGCGGCGACUACGUAUGGGAUCCAGACCGGUCGAUGCAGCGACGACGACGACGGCACUCAGAGACGGGCACAAAGAACGGGUGGCUUUUGCUUUUGCUUUCAUUACUGACGACGUCAAACUUAGAACUCACAGGCGCCCUCCUGCAGUCGUUUGGCGUCGUUCACAGUCAGUCGCAGCAACCGAAGAGCGACGAUGGCAAGCCGCGCAGCCAGGUGAAUUCGAAUGUGUCGAAUCCUGGCUUUCAUGAUAUUUACCCUGCCAGACUUCGCGACAUAUACGAUUCACUCCAAAAUGCCGACGCUUGUGCAGCCGUGACCUCCGAAUUGAUUGCAUUGCUGGACAAGAUUCCAGCUGGUUUGGCGGACCGUGUUCUUUCUUCCGCCCUCGAGGUCAAAACACGCCACUCCUCAAUCCCACAGCUAGACCUCCCCAGUCGCAAACGCGAAAUCGAGCUUUGUUUUCAGUCGCGCGGUUGA